CAUAAACCUUCUUAAAGCAUUCCAACCAAUCAUCACCACUCGAACCAAGUAAACACCACGACCACCAUCUAGUCACUCUUUUCCUUUUAAUUUCUUCCAUUCCUUUUUUGUGUUUCCCUCCAUAUCAACCCACUCCGUUUGGAACCUAGGAAGAAAAAAUGGCUGAAGGUGUGCUCUUUAGUAAUGCGGAGGAAAUAAUAAAGAAACUAGGUACCCUAGCUGCUGAGGACGUUGCACUGUGGUGGGGGCUCAAAGAUCAAUUAAGGAAGCUCACUGACACUGUGACCAAGAUUAAGGCUAUGGUUCCAGAUGCUGAGCCUCGGAAACAGAAUCAUGAAAUCGAAGAGUGGCUCAAGAAGCUGCAAGAAGCUGUAUUUGAUGUGGAGGAUGUGCUGGACAAUUUUUCAACACAAGUCCUGCGAAAACAGUUGAUGUCUGGUAAUGGAGUUUCGAGGGAGGUAUGUGCUUUCUUCUCAAGAUCAAACAAAUUUGUGUAUGGUUUACGAAUGGGUCAUAAAGUUAAAGCACUUAGGGAGAGACUACAUGGCUUUGAAACUGAGAGUCGUGGAUUUAACUUUGAUGUUCGUGAUGAGGAGAGAGCUUCUUUGACUACUGUCAGGGAGCAAACUACCUCCCCUGAACCUGAAGUUCUAGUUGGGAGAGAAAGUGACAUAGCGGCAGUAAAACGUUUUCUGCUGGAUUCCAAUGAUAGAUCAUACUACUUUCCUGCCAUCUCCAUAGUUGGAACAGCUGGGUUGGGGAAGACCACACUAGCUCAACAUGUUUUCAAUGACGAGCAAGUUGAUAAGCACUUUGAUGUGAAACGCUGGGUAAGUGUGUCAGGUGGCUUAGAUGUUAGAAAGAUUCUCAAAGGGGUUGUAGAAAGUGAUUCUGAUCAGUUAGAGAUUCUGAAAAAUGAAAUUGAAAAUAAAUUUGGAGGAAAACUUUUUCUUGUUGUAUUAGAUGACGUGUGGGAUGGUGAGGAUGGUCUAAAUGAUAAAAAAUGGGAUAGAUUGAUGGGGUUGUUACGAUUUAAUAAGAUAAUGGUAACUACACGUUCUCAUGUAAUUGCAAAACUCACAAGCACAAUAGCACCGCAUGUUUUAGAAGGUCUAUCAGUAGAUGAGUCAUGGGAUCUUUUUAGAAGAAUGGCAUUUUGUCAAGGUCAGGAGUCGGAGCAUGUAGAUGAAAAAAUUAAAGAAGAGAUCGUGGGUAGGUGUUAUGGAGUUCCUUUGGUCAUAAAGGCAAUCGCGAGGUUAUUGUCUUUGAAAGAUAGAGCCCAGUGGUUGUCCUUUAUAUUAAAUGAACUUCCAUAUAGAAUUAGUGAUGAUAACAUCAUGCAGACCCUUGAGUUAAGCUAUGGUGCUCUUCCAUCGUACAUGAAGCAUUGUUUUGCCUACUGUAGCUUGUUUUCAAAAAACCAUGAGGUAGAUGUGAGAUCAUUGAUUCAACUUUGGAUUGCACAAGGGUUCAUUAGCUCUUCAAAUUCAGGUGAUAGGUGUCUUGAAACUGCUGGUCUUAGGUGCUUCGAGGAUUUAUUUAGGAGGUCAUUCUUUCGUGAAGUGAAAAGGGAUGAUUUGGGUAACAUAAUAAGUUGCAAAAUGAAUAGUGGUAUGUAUGAUGUUGCAGCUAAAGUUGGUGCUUUUGAAAGCACUAAAGUGGAUGGUGGAAGAAAUAGGAUUAGUGAUUCGACUCGGCACGUGUCACUUGACGAGGAUUUGAAUUUUCCACCAUAUAUUCAAAUUCCGUUGCCUAGUGCAAAACGUCUAAGAACACUUAUAUUGCAAAGUGUCAAAUGGGAUGAGGGAACAUGGGAGUCAAUUUGUCGAGAUUUUAGGCGUUUACGAGUGCUUGUUUUGCCUAAUUUAACAAUUAGGAAAGUGUCGCCUCUCAUUGAAAAGCUCAAGCACCUUAGAUAUCUUGAUCUUUCAAAUAAUCACAUGGAGGCACUUCCUUAUUGUAUCACCAAUCUGGUAAAUUUGCAAGUGCUCAAGCUCAUUGGAUGUAGGAACCUUAAAAAACUACCGAGAGAUGUCAAUAAGCUUGUUAAUCUGAGGCAUCUUGAUCUUGGUUUAUGUCGAAGUUUGGAGUAUAUGCCUCUUGGGAUUGGGAAAUUAACUUCUCUACAAACUUUGUCAUAUUUUAUGGUUGCAAAAAAUAGUAGUUUUAUAUCCAAGAAGAUUAGUGGAUUGGAUGAGUUGAGUGGGUUAAAUGAUUUGAGAGGGAGUCUACACAUAAGAGUUAAGGGAUACGAGAGGAUUUAUAUAUCAGAAUUUGAAGGAGCUAAAUUGAUAGAUAAACAAUAUCUUCAGUUGUUGACCAUAGAGUGGGAUGUUGGUAUUGAUUCAGAUAUUGAUUUGUGUGAUAAAAUGUUGCUUAGCCUCCAGCCAAACUUGAAUCUUAAAGAGUUGAGAUUGAUAGAGCAUGGAGGUAUGAGGUUUCCAAGUUGGCUUUCACAUCUCUCAAAUCUUGUAAGGAUUCGUCUAGAAGAGUGUAGAAGACUUGAGCAUAUCCCUCCCUUAGAUGGAAUCCCUUCUCUUGAGGUAUUGUUGAUUGAAGAUAUGAAAAGUUUGGAGUACAUAGAUAGUGAGGGGGUUGGAGGAAAAGGAGUGCCAAUGUUUUUCCCAUCUUUAAAGAAACUUGAGAUCAAGAGUUGUGGUAGGCUGAAGGGAUGGUGGAAGAAGAGCAAAGAUGAGAUGAAUGAUGAUAGUGAUGAGUCAACAAUAGAAGAAGAGUUGAUAAUGCUUUAUUUUCCACGUCUUUCUUCCUUGAGCAUUUAUAAGUGUCCAAAUCUGACUUCAAUGCCGUUGUUUCCAACUCUUGAUGAAAGUCUUUAUUUGAAGGAAACUAGUUCAAUGCCGUUACAACAGACAAUGAAGAUGAAAUCACCAGUCUCUUCUUCUUCUUCUUCUUCUUCUUCUUUUAUCCAUCCUCUCUCCAAAUUGAAGAAUCUCGAUAUUGGUUCAGUUGGGGAUAUGGAAUCUCUUCCAGAAGUAGGGCUGCAAAAUCUCUCUUCUCUUCAACAGCUAUGGAUUAGUGGAUGCGGAAGAUUGAAGUCUCUGCCACUGCCUGAUCAGGGGAUACAUUCUCUUCAGAAAUUAGAUAUCAGUAACUGCCUGGAAUUAAAGUGUCUAUCUCAAUCUGAAUCCCAAACGAUGAUACCCUACCUUCCCUCUUUGCAAGAAUUAAGAGUCAAUGAUUGCACUGAAGAGCUGAGUGGAAGAAUAACAAUAUGGGGGGGAAAGGAGAUCGUGGAGGAGUGGCCUCACAUUAAACACAUUCCACAUAUUGUAAUUGAUGGCUAUGACAUUCAACAGUGAGAUGUGACAUUUAAGAUAUUACGAUCACAGUAUUUUCAGCGUGCAUAUUUAAAGGUA